CGAGCGACGCUCAGCAGCAGACGAAGAAGAACUGAUGCUACCGGAGUAGCGUCUCUCUUGUUGAAUGACAUUAACGUCAGAUCAAAGUUUUCUUUUCUUCAUUUAGUUUUUUUUCUGCUUGGGGAACCACUCGCCACCCUCCAGUGUAGGGUCGCAGUUGGUGUCACACCUGGACCGGCUGCUUCUCCUCCACCCCCUGGAAAAUAAAAGAUGCGGGACCGAACUAAAGAAUUGGGCAACAAGGCAGAGGCUUCAGAUGAGGACGAAGAGGCAAAACCACUUGUGAGCAAACCGGCCACCUCUUCGGCCAAAGAGGAUAAGGAGAACGAUGCUUUCUUCAAGAAGGUGCAGGAAAUCCACGAGGGUCUGCAGAGCCUCAAGCAGAUGGUGUCGAAACUGGAGAACAUUCAAAAGACCGUGCUCGGCGUACCGGUGCCCGAGGACAGUACAAAGAAAGAGCUGCAGACUCUUCGAGAGGAGAUCAAAACGUCAGCGACUCAGAUCCAGAGGAAACUCAAGAAUAUUGAACUGAAGAAGGGAGACGACGAUGAGAAAUACGUCCCCAUAAACAUUCGGAUGCAGCGGACCCAGCACGGCGUCCUGUCGAAGGAGUUUGUGGAGCUGAUGGGUCACUGCAGCACCAUACAGUCCCAGUACCGGGACCGCAACGUGGAGAGGAUACAGAGGCAGCUGAAAAUCACUGGGUGCAACGUGACGGAAGAGGAGCUGGACACGAUGCUGGAGAGUGGCCAGACAAAUGUUUUCACCCAAAAUCUCCUGAACGACGCCCUGGCCACCAAGCAGGCUCUGAACGAGAUCGAGUCGCGGCACGACGAGAUCAUGAAGCUGGAGCAGAGCAUCAGAGACCUGCACUCCAUGUUCCAGUACCUGGCCAUGGAGGUGGAGGCUCAGGGGGACAUGGUGAACCGGAUCGAAAAUAACAUCAUGGAGUCGUCCGACUAUGUGGAGAAAGCGAAGGUCAACACGGAGAAGGCCGUCACUUAUCAUCAGAAAGCACGAAAGAAGAAGGUCUGGAUAGCGAUCUGCUGUGCCAUCCUCCUCCUCAUCCUAGUCAUCUCACUGGUAUCUGCCUUCAGCGUCUAACAGCAGACGUGCGGGGAAGAAGAAGAAGAAGAUCCACGUCCAGCAGGACGAUGUGAAACCAUCCUGCGCUUUGCCACAUUAGUCGUUUUCUUAAGAGCACAAAUGUGCUGCAAUGCAGACAAUUUGUGUGCCGUUACAUCAGGUAGCUUCACCUCCUGUAUACGAAAAUAAACAGAUUGAUAUAAGCACACUGCAGUAUUGCCCCCCCAGAACGCAAGAAGCUGUCUGGAUGCGCCAAGAACAAUUUUAAUAGGGAGGCUAUCUUUAAUAGCCAAUCAGACAUAACCUCAUGUUGAUGAUUCAGAAAUUAUUCAUGCAUUUUUUAACUGCCUACAUGGAACAAAUGUAAAUAGUUGAUGUUUAGCCCCACUCUUAUUUCACACAGGUGGCUGAUUUAAGGCCCUCUCGUAUUUAUGAUUCAAAACUUUUGGUGCCUUUGACAUCGUGAAGAAGGGAGUUUGGCUUGAGUUCCUGCAGCAGCAGCGUUUCAGCUCACGACUUUAUUUUUUGUCACGUUUUGUCACGUUUGUGGGGUGGGAACAUGGAGCAAGCGAUGCAUUCACUUGAUUUGUAGAAAUAAAUGUGUAUACCAAAUCAACAGGGUCAUCUAAUUCUCUUCUUUGGAAGCAGGAAGUAAAAAGUUGAGCAAAGUGACUUCUGAUCUGUGACGUUAAAUCUUGUAGUUUAGUUAAACGUGUCCAUCUUUUACAGUAUUGUUUUUGCAACACAAUGAACAACGGCACGCUAAUUUUUGGUCUUUUAUUCAACUGUAAUAGUCUUAUUUUUUUCAAGUAAAACAAUGUGGAAUUACAAGGGAACAAGGAAUGCAACAGAUGAAGACAAAUAAAAAAUAUGACCAUCACCAUAAACUACCCCCCCCCCCCCUCCCCAAAUAUUAGCUCUGCACAAAAUAGCUUUCACAAGUCUAAAAAUAAAAACAAAUUACAGUCAUCUGGAACUGUACCAGUCAUUUUAUUCACUUUUUUUUACAUGGAGGUGGUGAAAAGAAAAACAAGUGAAAACAAGAAUAAUUUGGUUGCACUGAUGCACCGGGUGCUUUUCUCUAAGCUCUCAGGUUGGACUUGUUUGGCUUCUUUUUUUCUUCUUUUUUUUUUAAACAAGAGAA